UGCGGUGGGGAGGGGGGGAGGGAGGCAGGGAGAAAGAGAAGGCGCGCGCGCGUGGCCGAGCCUCGCUUCAGCGGACCAUGGCGCCCAGCGGCGAUGUAAUGGGGGCGGCCGAAGACCUGGCCGAUCAGUUCUUGCGUGUGACAAAGCACUACCUACCUCAUCUGGCUCACCUCUGCCUGAUUAGCACCUUCUUGGAGGAUGGCAUCAGGAUGUGGUUCCAGUGGAAUGAGCAACGAGACUACAUCAACAUGUCGUGGGGAAGCGGUGCACUCUUAGCCACACUUUUUGUAUUAAUCAACAUGUGUGGGCAGCUAGCUGGGUGUGUGCUUGUUCUCGCCAGAAAGUUUGUCCCUUACGCAUGCUUUGGCCUGUUUGGAAUUGUUUUCAUGCAGACAAUUGCCUACAGUAUUUUAUGGGACCUCAAGUUCUUGAUGAGGAAUUUGGCUCUCGGAGGUGGGCUGCUCCUGCUACUUGCAGAAUCUCGUUCUGAGGGGAAGUCCAUGUUUGCUGGAGUCCCUACCAUGGACGAUAUCUCACCACGGCAGUACAUGCAGCUUGGUGGGCGCUUGCUCCUGGUUCUCAUGUUCAUGACACUCCUGCACUUCGAACUUGGCGCCUUCACUAUUUUCCAGGACAUCUUUGGCAUGGCGCUUAUCAUUUUGGUGGCCAUUGGCUUCAAGACCAAGCUUGCUGCUCUUACCCUAGUCAUCUGGCUUUUCAUCAUCAACCUGAUCCAGAAUGCCUUCUGGAGCGUCCCCACUUACAGGCCUCUCCACGACUUUCUCAAAUAUGACUUUUUCCAGACCAUGUCUGUCAUAGGUGGCCUGCUGCUUGUUGUGGCGUUGGGACCUGGGGGGGUUUCCAUGGAUGAACACAAGAAAAAGUGGUAAAGAUGGACUCUAAACAGAGCUCAGUGUGUGGGCGGGAGAGGGAGGGGAGGGAGGGAAGGGGACAAAGUACAGCUUUUACAAACCUGUGUAGAAUUUUCUUCUCCCUUGAUUGAUUCUCUUGCGGUUUAUCAUAGUUCACGGUUGCCUUAUCAGGGUAGAAAAGCCUUUGCCUUCUAUCCUGUUUGAGACAUGUAAAUUAAAGUCAAAUUAUAUAUAUGUAUGUAUGUAUAUUGAUUUACUGAACUUUUAUACUUACCCUUUGAGACCCCAUGGUUUUCUGGGGCACUGUGACGUAUUGCCUUGUGAGAGGCCAGGAUUAAAAAGUGGUUUUCUGGUAGAGUAUGCAGGGGCAUUCUAGAUCCUUUGGCAUUGCCCAUUCCCUCAGGAGGAGGCAGGGCCAGCUUGUAUUUUCGCUCCUGUGCUGUGCUAAUGAGGCAGUCCCAUCGCCAGAUUUGCUCUGCCUAAUGUCUAGAAAUCAAAGCCUAUGUGGGUUUCUAAGGUCCACAAGUGUUUGUGAUUAUAAAGUAUUUCCGCCUCUUUUCUCUAACCUCUACACACACACACACACACACACACACACACACACACCCUGGCCUGGACUCAGGGUGUACACAUGGUGCUGUUUUUGCCUCUCUCUACCAAGCAUUCUUCCCUUAGAGCUGGGACUUACUGGAACAGAGGAAGCCUGAAUUGCCCUGGAAGUAACACAGUGGCAGAACUUCCCAACACCUAGACAUGAGCCUGAAUGUUGGAAGAAUCUGGAAGGGAAAGGCUGCUCUAAGGUAGGUGUGGGGAACAUUUGGCCCCUCCACAUGUUGCUGAACUACACCUCCCAGUAUCCAUGGCUACUUGUCAUGUUAGCUGAGGCUGCUGGGAGGUAUAGUUCAGCAGCGUCGGAAGGGCCAUAGGUUCCCUACACCUGCUCUGAGGAGCAAGAGUGCCUUUCAGGAUGUUCUUCAAGACAAAGUGUCCAACUUAGGGGAGGAAUAGGAGAAGCAAUGGAUUUAAACCAAGGUGAGGAACCUGUUUGGGGCUGAGGCAUUAACCCAGUCGAAAGCCCUCAAGGGCUGCAUUCUGGUAGUGGGCAAGUCCAGAGCUAUACACACUCAAUAAAAGUUAUUUCUCAUGAGAAAAGAGACAUGUAUUUAAGUCUCAGUAACUCCACUCAAGGUUCACUUCCCAUUUCCUAGAUUUCUUUUGGGACAAAGUUU